AUGCAACGACUUUGUAUUACUCAAAGAAACUGCCAAAAUGUUCCUUUUCAAAAUACUCAAGAAUUUUAUAGGAGAACAGUUUUUAUACCUCACUUAAAUGAUAUAUUUUUAUCAUUGAAUGAACGUUUUUUAUCACAUCAUGAAAUAAUAAAUUUUUUGCAAUUCGUUUUACCAAAUAUGAUUGUAGAUAAGCCAUAUUCAAAUCUUAAAACAGCAGUUACAUUUUACCAGAAUGAUUUAAAAGGUUACGAUGACAUUAUAGAAGCUGAAUAUCAAUUAUGGCAGUCGAAAUGGAACUUAGUUGAAUCUCGACCAUCGACGGCUAUUGAAGCACUUCAGCAAUGUGAACAACUAAUGUACCCGAAUAUGUAUGAGCGUCUUAAAAUACUAUCAAUAAUUUCUGUUUCAACAGCAACUGCAAAGAGAAGUUUUUCAACAUUAAGGAUAUUGAAAAAUUAUCUUCGAAACACAACAUCUGAAUCUAUUAUAGGACUAGCUCUAUUAUCAAUUCAUAGAGAUGUAGAUAUUACUGAUGAUAUGGUACUAGAUAAGUUUUCGAUCAGUGGAAAAGCUGGACGACUAAAAUUAACAAUAUGA